AUGCCGCUCAUCACCCCCUCACGGCUUGCCAUCAUCAUCGUCUCCUUUUCGCUCUUGACUUUCUUCUGGACUUUUGGCCUGCCGCAACAGGCUCCCCCCCAGCCCGCGAUACCCGUCAUCGACCAUUACGACCACAAGAACGUGCAUACCGAGCCGAUAAUACCGCCGCCCGUCAUCGAGACUCCGCACGCGACAUCCUCGCCGAUAGCACAUGGAGAUCAUCCGAAGGAGACAGAUGAUCACAGAUGGGAGGAUAAGGGAGCGCAGGGUGGAAAGGGAAAGGCGACACCAUCCGCGCCUACCGAGACGGGAGUUGCGGAGUAUGAGAAAGAUGGCGGAAGAUGGGAAGAUGAAGAAAAGUUGAAGGGCGGUGAUAAGUCUGGGAGCAUGUCAGGCUCAGGCGCAAUGGCCGCGCCUACAACACUAGCCACGGAGGCGAUACCCGCGUCGAAGAUCGAGAAGUUCUGCAGCGACGCUGAUGGAGCCAAAGACGUCAUGGUCAUCCUCAGGACAUCGAAAGCCGAGAUCGAAAAGCUCAACAGCCAGCUCAGCAAUCUCCUAGCCUGCGUUCCCACUUUUGCCAUCUUCAGCGACCAUGCCGGCGAGUUCCAAGGGCACAAAGUACACGAUGCGCUCGAUUCCAUAAGUCACGAGGUCAAAUUCAAGCACAAGGAAUUUCAGGAAUAUCAGCUCAUGCAUGCUGACGCGGAGCACAAGCCAGACCUGAAGAAACUGGAGGAGCUAGACAAGUGGAAGUUCCUGCCCAUGGUGUACAAGGCGUACCACAUGAACCCCAGCGCCAGGUUCUUCGUAUUCAUCGAAGCCGACACGAGUCUGAGUUGGACGAACUUGUUGCAAUGGAUGAACAGGCUCGACUAUCGGAUACCGUACUACAGCGGAGCUCCCUACUACAUCGCGGGUACGCAGGUGGCGCAACGCGGAGCGGGCAUCAUGAUGUCUCAAGGUGCUUUGCGACGAUACUCCAAAUCUUACGAUGAGCUCUACACAACCAAGUGGGAACCGGAUAACGGCGAGCAAUGCUGCGGCGACUUGAUGCUAGCAAAGGCGCUUGGCGACGCACAUGUGGAGUUCUAUGCUUCAUGGCCACUACUCCAAAGCGAGCAGCCGAGUACACUUGACUACACCAGAAAACACUGGUGUGCUCCUGCAGUAUCAUGGAAUCACCUUGGUGGCGACCAACUCACCAGGCAGUGGGACAUUGAGAAGAAGUGGACCACAGCGAAUGGCUGGAAAAAGCCAUACUUGUACCGCGACGCCUACCACGACUCAGUAGAACCGCACAUUGAAACGCAAAAGGUGGGUUGGGACAACCUGAGCCAAGACACGAAGAUCGUUGCACCAGAAGGACGUCGACAAAAGCUCAAAGACGACGCCGCGGCGAAGAAAGAGAAAGAGAAGGAAGAGCAAGACACCGUCAAGCAAGAAAAGAAGCCAAAAGAAGAAGACAAGACCCAGCAAGACCACAAGAAAGAGCCCCCAAAACUCAAUCUCGACACCGCCCCACCACCCGACUCCCGAGUCUUCCAAGAAGCCGGCGCCCUCCCCACCUCGAAUAGCAUCUCGAGACGCGAAGACAAGAAAGACGAUAAGAAAGGCAAGGACAUGAAAGAAGACAAGAAAGAACCACCCAACUGGGACAAGCUAGCUGAGAAAUACCCUGAUGCAGCAGAUAGCUCUGAGCGCUGCCAGGCCGUAUGCUCAGAAGUCGAAGACUGUCUGCAAUGGCGGUAUACGGCCAAGGGGGAUGGAGAGUGUCAUCUCAGCAAGGUGAUUAGGCUGGGUGGGAAGGUAGGGGAGGGGGAGUGGACAAGUGGGUGGGAGGUUGAGAGGAUUAAGGGGAUUAAGAAGGAGUGGGAGUGUAAGGAGGUUAAGUGGAGGUUUUAUCAGUGAAAUGGGUGAGAUGAGUCAAAAGGAAAAGAUGAGGUAGAUGGUUAGAUUCAGGAAAAGAGUGGCGUUUUUGGUGUCUGUUUGGGAAGAUUGUGACUGGGACUGAGAUGAGAGCUUUUGUAUAGUGUUGAGCUACUCUUUGUUGGAAAGUUGGGAGCACGAAAGUGUGCGAAGUGGUUGUAUAUACCCUUUUUUGUUGUAAUGUAUAUGGCCAUGGCAGAAUGCAUAUCACCAGAAUGUAGUCGGGCUUGACGUGAUGCCUCUGAGCUCGAUGGGUUGAGCCGUGAUACCGCCCACAUGAAGUGGGUCUGACCUUCGACAACCACGGCUGUGUUCUGUCGCUACCACGUCUCUCAUGGAUAGCUGCCAAACAUUUCGUUUACCAUAUAUAUGUUGCCG